AAGGAAGUCAGAGGGUCAGAGAGGCUCUCGGUCAGAGAAUUAGCAAAGUCAUUGACUUUUUAUUUGUGUUAUUUUAAUCCACUGUGGUUUAAUAUGCAUAAAAAUAUAUUUUAGGAUUAAUUCGGGACAUGGGCAGUGGUCUAUAAACUGAACUUUUACUUAAAGUGACAGAUUUUGUUUUACCACCUGUAUUAGUGGUUUGCCGGAAUGUGGGUGGGUUUUUAAUGCUAGCUCCUUCUCCAGACAUGGCGCCUGUUGAGAUGUGUUUAGUUUCAGCUCCGGGGAAAGUCAUCCUGCACGGAGAGCAUGCUGUAGUGCACGGGAAGGCUGCGUUGGCUGUGAGCUUGAACCUGCGCACGUAUCUGCGACUGCAGCUCACGUCUGCAGCUGAAGUGUCCAUCAGUCUGCCCAACAUCGAUACGUUCCUGAGCUGGGACAUCAGUGCGCUGGAACAGUUACUGUCUCACUGUAAAGUUGAGUGUAGGAACUCCACAGAGCUGGACACUGAGCUCGUGAGGAAGCUGAGGGAAUUUACAGCCAUCGCUGAUGGAGCCACAGACACCAGCAGCCUGGCGGUGCUGACCUUCCUCUACAUCUACCUGUGUGUGUUCGCCCACUCAGAAGUCCUGCCCAGUCUGAAGGUGUGUGUGUGGUCUCAGCUACCUACAGGAGCAGGUUUGGGGUCCAGUGCUGCGUACAGUGUGUGUGUCUCUGCUGCUCUGCUCACUGCCAGUGGAACCAUCAGCUUUCCUCUCUCCAAGAACCAGCACACAGCCAGGUGGAGUGAACAGGAGCUGGAGCUGAUCAAUAACUGGGCUUUUCAGGGUGAAAAAAUCAUACAUGGCAACCCAUCAGGAGUCGACAAUGCUGUGGGAACCUGGGGGGGCUUUCUGCGGUACCAUGCUGGGAAAAUGACUCCCCUGAGCAGAGUGCCCAUGCUGAGGAUCCUCCUCACCAACACUAAAGUACCGCGCAGCACCAAACUCCUUGUUUCCCGAGUGAAGGACAGGAUUAAGCAGUACCCGUCUGUGAUGAUGCCUGUGUUGGAGUCAGUGGAUGCCGUGUCCCAAAUCUGUGAGAGCACCCUUGUUGAGAUGGCUAUAGAGGGAGCUUCAGACAAACACUACAGCACCCUGGAGGAUUUAAUCGACAUCAAUCAGCACCACCUGAACGUGAUGGGCGUCGGUCACACGUCUCUGAACAAACUGUGCCAGGUCACACUCGCUCACAGCCUUCACAGCAAACUGACCGGAGCAGGGGGAGGGGGCUGCGCCGUCACACUCCUCACACCAAAGAUAGACGAGCUCGUGGUGCAAGAAGUGAUGGAGGAGCUGAAGCAGAUUGGGUUUGACUGCUGGGAGACGAGUAUCGGAGCACCGGGUGUCUGGAUGCACUCGCCCACCUCGCUGAAACACGACAUCCUCGAAAUCCUCACCAAAUACUGAAGAUCUACUACACACACACCCCCACACACUAUAGAGCUCGUGUGGGGUUUAGGACCCUGACCUUGGCCCAGAAAUACAACCACGCGCCUAUUUUAUUAAUUGCAGUCUUAUUUUUUCUGAUAUAAAAAUUUUUUUGUGUGUGUGAGUAAUUAUGAAAUCAUCUUGUGGGCCAAAUCAAACGGUCUCGGGGGCCGUAUACAGCCCAGAGGCCGGACGUUCCCUACCCCUGCUAUAGAGGAGCAUUCCAGCUUUACCAGCAGUAUUAUAUACUGUAUACGAGUUGUGAUUACAGCAUUGAUGAAGGACAGAGUGGACACGUUUCGCCAUGCGAUAAGAUACAGGAACGACAUCAACCUCCAAAUUUAGCUUGUUAGCUGUGUUUUUGGGGAUAAAUGUCAUAGCUAACGUGAUAGCUACUACAGUGUGGGAUCUCUGAUUUAACAAGACAUUUCAAAUUAAAUCUGAUCUUCAGAUUAUUAUUAUUAUUAUUAUUAUUAUUAUUAUGUAUCCCUUGGGAACAUUAACAGCCAAGAACAGUUAGCAAGUUAGCCUGAAAGACAGCAAGAAAGGUGCUUUUUGGUUUUUCUUCUUCAAAUUAGCAGUAAGAUUAAGAUGAUGUGAGUGCUAUGCAAACAAUAUUAUGCACAAUAAAUGUAAAUUUGAAAUGAUUAAAUGUUAAAAGUAAAUAAUGUAUUAAAAACCUAUUUGAUUAAAAUAA